AUGAAACACAAAAUACCAACUUUAGAUCUACUAAAAACAACUAGACCAACUAGUAGAUGUGAUUCUAGAUAAUAAUCACGUGUUUCUUUCAGAAUUAUCAUAAAUACUCCAUAAUCUACUACACGUUAUACAAAUCCAUAAACUUCAAGAAUGUUUGAAUAAUCAAUACUUAAAAAUGAUUUAUCAUAACUCAAAUCAAAACAUCGUAAAGUCAAAACUGAGACAGAUCCUGUUGUAUUUUGGGAUUAAGUUUAAAACUAUGGACACAUUCGAACCAUACAACCACCUAAAUUUAAUCAAGAAAAACAAAGCUUAUUGUAUCAAAAACUUAAAAAAAUGAAAAUGGAAAAAGAAGAAAAAAUAAAAAAGGAAUAAGAAGAAAAAGAAAGAAUAAAACUAUUAGAAUAAUAAAAAAAACAAAGAGAACAAUAAGCUAUAGAAUAAGAAAAAAAAAAAAUAAUUGAAUCUUAAAAAUAUCAAGAAUACCUAGCUGAAAAAUAUAAAAUUGAUCGAAGAUUUUCUAUAUUUACUCUGGUAAAUGCAUUAAUGUUAAGAAAAUUACAUUCUAAACCUACAUCUUUUAAAUUAGCCAGAUUAAUUGCCAAUCAAUACCUUAAUCUGUUAAACUAUAAAGCAAUAUUACAUAAAAUUACAAUGUAACAAUCUAAACCCUUAUAAAUAUCUUAAAUUCUAUAAGGAAAUGUUGAAUAAUUAGCUUAAUUGAAAAAUGUAUAACAUAGAUUAAAUGAAGGAUUAAUUUUAAGGAGAAAAUAAACAAGAAUCUUUUUAAAUAAAUAAAAAACUAUUUAUGAAUAAACUUAAGCACCACCUUAAUUUUCAGAACCAGUACUUAAACGUAUUCGUUUUCUUUAAGCUUGUCUUAGAUUAAAAGUUUUUAAAUUAAAUAAGAAAAAUAUUGAACCAAAAUAAAAAGUGAAAACUUAAAAAGUUCAUCCUAAUAGAGUGAGAGCACUUAAAAAAAGAUUAGAUGAUAUUGAUUUUAUAAAAGCCAAUUCUCCUUCUUAUAAUAGUCCACUUUCAUCACCUGGAUUACCUGUAGCAAAUCCUUUAGGAUUAUUUUGUACUUUGUAUAAAGUUACAGAUACACUUAAAAAUUACGAUAGAAUUAAAACUCAAAAAAUGAUAUAAAAAACUAAUGAUUAUUUAGUUAAGAGAGUAUAAUCAUUAUAUUAUCCUGUUAUUAGAUAUGUAUCCAUAUUUUAUAAAAAUGUUGUUGUUUGGUCAAUUUAAUAUUCUGAUAUUACUUUAGAUAGAACAUGUAUUGUACUAUUUUUUAAAGGUGAAGGUAGAUCACAAUAUUUUUAUCGGUUAGAUAUACCUAUUGGAGCUAUACAAAAAGAAGAUAUUGAAGAAUAAAAUUGUAUUACUGUAUGGCCAACUGUUCGUGAUUAUCUUAUGAGUUAUCUUGAAUUAAAAGGAUAAUUAGCUUUAUUAAAUUAAACUAAAUAUGGAUUUGCUAAAAAUUAUAAAUUGAAUUUUAUCUAAGGUUUAUCUAUACGUUCUAGAAAAAACAUUACUGAUGAAGAUAUUAAUGCUAUUGUAGAAACUAAAGAAAUACUCAAUUAUCUCUAAACAUCAUAAAUUGUUAGAAUUAGAAAAAUCUUUGGGUCUGUUUAUGAAUUAUUACCUUAAUUUUAAGAUUGUUCUCUAUUGUCUGAUUCUACUUAAUAUAUUUUAAAUUUACCUCUUGUACAUGAUAUUAUUUUACAAUUAAAAAUGUUAGAACAAUAGAUAUUAGAAUAUAGACGUAACAUUUAUUAAAAACCAUAAGAUUUAUCUACUAGAUAUAAGAGUUUUGUUUUAAAUAAUAAAAACAUACUUAAUUAAAUUUUAGCUUUUCGUUUUGUUCAUAAUAAUAGUAUGUUUUUUUAAGAUUAAAUGUUAGAUGAUAUAUAUGAUCUAUCUCAUAAAUCUAUUUAUAUCUAAUGUGCAACUAUCAAUAUUCAAGAUAUUCUAAAUCAUUAUGACUAUUAAAUUUGUAAUUAAAUCAGUAAAUACUGUCUUAUAAGUCUACAUUUAACUCUCAAGAGUAAAUUUCAUUUUGAUGAUUUAUUAUUCAAUGCAUAAAAACAUUAAGUUAGAACUGGAUUUUAAACUAUUAAUAAUUUUUUUGUAGUUGAUUAUUCACAUUUUGAUUUGAAAUUUAAAUAAGAAUAUUUCAAAGUUAGAAUUGAAGUAACUGUAUUUGAGAGAGAUAAAUCAUUUAAAUUGAGUGAAAAAUAACUUUCUUAGGAUAUUAUACAAUCAAGAAAUGAACGUGCUUUUAAACCAUUAAAAAUGAAAUUAGAUGAUUUCUGUAAAUUAGGUUAAGCUUUGUAAGAAACUACAUUUAAUAAUGGUGAUAUUCAAUAAUGUAAUUUUGAUUAAAUUCUCAAAAAUAUACUGUUUGAAUAAUGUUCAUAUUCACAAGUAGCUGAUCUAGUGUUAAAAAAUGCAUUCACUUUAGAUAUUAAAAAUAAGAAAAUUAUAAUCUAACCUAAGUAUCUUCACAUUUUAUCAAAAACUCACAAUUUUAUAUAAAAAAUGGAUCAUCAAAGUCUUUAUAAUAAAAUUGAUUGUGUUUUUAAAUAUAGUGUAUAUCCCAAUGAAUAACAUGAUAUUAGAAGAGGAUUUGAAAAUAGAGAAAAAGAAAAUUAAAUUGCUUAAUAGUUACCAUUUAAUAAGUUAUUUUAGGAUAUUAAUUAAAUUGAUAUGAGAAUUACAGUUGAAGCUAGAAAGAUUGAAUAAGUUACUGAUUAUGCUUUUGAUUUUUAGGAUUAAUGGAGUGAUUUACACAAAUAAUCUAUGACCUAUAAUAAAUAUUAAACUUUUGAAAUGUUUUCAAGAAAGUUUUUAUUUAUACAUUAAACUAAUUUUAUGAAGAUUAUCUACAUCAAAAAAAAUCAAUCUCCAAUCAUAUUAUAUUUAUAUGAUUAACAUUUAAUUCAUUAAAUUUCUAAUUGUUAAAAAAUGAAUAAAUAUUAAAAAAGUUAAAUCUUAACAGGAAUUAUUCGUGUUUUAUAUUCUCCUACUUCAUUUUUAUAUUUAAAAGAUCAUUAAUUUUAUAACUAUUUAAAAGCAUAAUUGCCCAAUUAUCAUCAAAUAAAAGUAUUAUUAGUAAGUAAUUCAAAAAAACUUUUGUAAUUUCUUGAUAGAUUAGAUUAUAUUUACAUAUUAAAAUUAUGGAAUAAUUAAUAGUGUUAUGUUCAUGUUAAAGUUUAUUAUUUGUAAGAUCAAAAAUAACAAGAAGGUUCAUAAAAAAUUUACUUUUAUGAUAGUGAACAUUUAUUUGUUAGUGUAGAAUUGUAUGAGUUUAAUUCAAAAUUAAAGAAAUACAUUUUAUUAUUUAAUAAAUAUGAUUUAGAAUUAUAAUUUGAUGUUCAAAAGUAUUUUGAUUCUAAUAUCAUAUUUAAUUGGUGUAAAGCUAUAAUUUCAAAUACAAAGUUUGAUAAGAGAUUUUUAUAUAGAGUGCCUUAAAUUAUGAAAUAUAAUUAAAAUCAUUCUCCUGUGAAUUUAAAUAAAUAUAUGUUAAAUUCAAUUUUUAAUAGGUCAUAAUCUAUCAAUGUGAUUUAUAAUGAAAAAGUUACAAGAUGUACAUUUAAUGAAUUUCCAAAAAAUAAUUUUGAUCAAAAUACAACUGAUAAAAAUUAUUUAAACACUGUUCAUAGAAUUUUUAGAGUAAUUGGACAUUAUAUAUAAAAAUUUUAUUUGAUAAAAUAAAAAAAUAAAUAAAAAAUAGUUAAUGAAAUGAGAUUUAAAGAAUUAAAGAAUGUUAAAUUAUUAAAAUAGGAAUUUGUAAUUAUUACAAUACUUGCUCAUACUUAUUUAGAUAUGUUUUAAAUACUUUAUUACUUUCCAAGAAGUAAAAGGAAAUUGAUGACUUAUAUAAAUAUUUUACAUUUUUAGGAGAUGGAUUUUAAAGAUCAUUUUAUUUUUAAUUUGAUUGAUAGUUCUUAAUUUACUGAUUACAAUGAUUUAUCAAAUAAAGAGAAAAUAAAUUAUAUAAAUUCAAAAAAACAUCCAUAAUUAGAUAUGAAUUUAAUAUAGAAGAUUAAAUUAAUAAAAAAAACUGAAUAAUCACCUUUUGAUUUAUAAUCAGCAAGAUAAAAAAAAAAGUUUUCAUAAAAAGUAGGAUUUGCUUAGAUAAGCAAUGAGAUAUUAUUGAAAAAUAAAGUAAUAAAGUAAGCAAUAAAUUAAAAUAAUUAAAUAUCAGAAAAUGUGAUGAAAUUUUUAAGUUUUACAAGAAAAUUACAUAAUUAUGAAGAUAAUCAUGAAAAAUUAAUAGAAAUAUAGAUUUGGAAUAGAUUGUUGAAUGAAGUAUUUUUAUUAAAUUUGGAACAUGAUAAAAAUUUCAAUAAUUUUAAUACAUUGAUGGAGAGAUUAAUGGAAACAUUUGAAGAUUUUUAGGAUUAGAAAAUAAAAAUAAUAGGAAAAGAACAUUUGAUGAAGAGAUAAUCUAUGGAAAAUUCAAGAUAUAAUUAUAAGGUAUAAAGAGAAUUGACAGAGAAAUUUGAAAAGUUGAUUAUAAGCAAUCAUGUUAGAGUUACUUAAUAAUUUAAAUUUUCAAAAAGUAGAUAUAUUUUGAAUACAAAUUUUUAUGAUGGUUAAAUAAUGGAAUUUAUUUGUAGUGCAUAAUUUAGAAUUGAAAGAUUAGGAUCAGCUUAUGUGGAAUGUUUUUUAGAACCGUUAAAUAAUAAAAGAACUGAUAUUUUAAAACCAUUAAAUCCAAUGCCUUAUUCUUCAUCUUCUAAUUAUAAUAUAUAUUUUAGAUAUUACUGUUUAACUAAUUAUUUCUUUAAAGAUAUAAGAGUAAAUCUUAGAGAAUUAUUAAAUUUAUUUAUAGCUGAUGGUUUUUUUAAAUCUUAAACUAAUUAUAUGAAUAGUAAAUUAUCUAUAUCUGAUAUCAUCAAUAUGUGUCAUUAUUUAACAUACAAAAUUAAAACAUAAAACUAUUUAAAUUUAUCAUAAUUAGCCUUAUUACAUUAAGAGACAGCAAAUACUUUAAGAAAAUAUAUUAUAACUGAGAGUGUAGAUCAAUUUUAAACUGAUAAAAAGAAUGAUGGAGAAGGAUACAUUUAUAGUGAAGUAAUUAAAAAAAAGAAUAAACAUCUUGUUUUAUUAUAAUUAUAAUUAUUUCAUACUUAACAUAAAGUUAUAGUAAACAUGUUUGAAAAUAAGACAGAUUACUUUUAAUAAAAAGAAUUAACUUUUACUUAUAUUUAAUCUGUAGCUCCCAAUUUUUAAUUUCUAAUUAAGACACGCAAUUUUUUUAAAGCUCUUUAAAGAUUAGUAGAAGUACUUAAAUAAAAAUAAUGA